AUGCUGCUGCUGCUGCUGCUGCUGCUGGCGCUGACCACCCCCAGUGCUGCUCCGUUGCGAAGCGCCACUCCGACCACCUCCACCACCGCCACCCUUGCCUCCGCCUCCAUCGCCGCCGCCUCCACCACCUCCGCUCCCACCGCCACCGCCGCCGCCACCCCCGCCUCCACUGCCGCCACUAGCACCACCACCCCCGCCACCACCUCCACCGCCACCCCCACUCCCUCCGCCGCCUCCACCUCCACCUCCACCGCCCCCGCUGGCCCCACCCGCUCCCUUGCCCCCCUUGCCCUUGCCAAGGCGGCCGACUAUGCUCUUCUCCGCCGCUAG